CGAAGCUCGCAGGCGCUGGAUGUAAUUUUCAAAUUUGGAUUAUUUUCAUUUCUUCUAUUAGCUUUUUCAACCAAAAUAUCUUUUUUCUUUGUGUGUUUUUUUCCUUCUGCUUUAACGAACACUGUGUUCUCGAAAAUGGGCAAAUUUUCAAGGACUACGAACAUUUUUCACAUGGGAGAAUUUGUGUUUCUUUUCAUAUUUGCGGUUCACAUUUAUACUGCAGCAUCGAUUGAAAUAGCUGCUUCAGGUUAGUUUCAGAUUAAAUAUGUCACUUUAUUUGUGCCAUAAGUAGAAGCAAUCUUUGGACUAGAAAGAUUGAAAUGUGCCCCAAUUGAUUAUUUUGCCUCUUAUUAUUUUGAUAUAAUUAGGGGUUGCUGUCCUGAGUGGUUAUAUUACUACCUAGUCUACCUUAAAAAAUAAGCAGAAACUCGACGUUUCGAGCAAAGGCCGUUCGUCAAGAGGCUAUUAAACUUUCUGGGUUGGCUACUAACUCUUGACAAAGGGCCUUCGCUCGAAACAUUGAGUUUUUAUUAUUUAAGGUAGUAAUAUAAUCACUCAGUACAUUGGUACUACCAACACUAGUACAGACAUGAUGUUUGUGAUGUUACUCUGAGUGCAUGUCCACACCGGGCGAGCUUGAAAAAUAUGCCCGGCCACAUUGGGAAUUGAACAUAUGACCUUUGGAAUACUAGCCCAAACAUCAUAUUAUUCACCUGAGUACACAACACCAACACAGAAAACAUUCAUAUUACUAGAUUACAUUGGUAUCGAAGGAACUAACCUGACCGUGUAGCUCAGUUGGCAGAGCAUUGGGCUAGUAUUUUAAAGGUCGUAGGUUUGAUUCCCACUGUGGCUGGGCAUAUUUUUCAAGCUUGCCCGGUGUGGACAUUCACUGGUACAGACAGUUUUAAUAUAAUUAGGGGCCAUCUCCAUAUUUAUGUUGCCACAAAUAACGUUGAAUCAACGUUGUGAGUGGGUUUUUAUAUGAUCUCGUGCCUGACUGGAAAGUUUGGAAAAUGUGCGGCCAAGAUUUUGAAGGUUUAAUAGUAAAUAUAUAGAAAGCAUCAAAAACUUUCCAAACUGGAUCUCGUGGCAAUUAAUGUCCAAAGUAACUAUCACAGUACAGAUUUUGUAUUAUAAAUACGAAAGUCAAAAUUCAACUGAAUAUGAUCGAUGUUAUUAUCUGGGCAACAUCAAUUCGAUGUUAUGGCCCCUUAAUUGAUAUUAGCUGAAAAAUACAGGUGGAACUUUGCCAUUUUCUGCACUCUCUGGACGGUAAGCUUUUAUUAUUUUGGUCUGCCUUAGGCCACAUAAAAAAAAUAGUUGGUUAGCAUCCUCGCCCGCCAACAAAAAAGGCCCCGCUCAGGAUUUUUAAAAUUUUUUUAUUAAAAAACAACUUUUAUUGAUCAACAGGCUCUAAUAUAUGUAGUAUUUCUGUUGACUGUAGUCAGUUGUGUUAAUAAAUUGUGACAUUGCGUGCAAAUUAAAGUGACGAUAUGAAUCAUAUUUUGAAACCUAUAAAAAAAUAUCUGUACUAUGCAAGGACCUAAAGGUUUUCGGACCUAAAACCAGGGCGUUAAAAAUUAGUAUAAACCCCAAGGUUUUCGGACCUAAAACCAGGACGUUAAAAAUUAGUAUAAAUUUAAAAAAAAAUCCGCCCGCCCACUUUUUGGCAAAAGCUAAGGAUGCUAACCAACUAUUUUUUUAUGUAGCCUUACAUAAGACACAUUGCCAGAUAAUUUGGUUAACCAUUAAACAGAAAACUCUCCCCUUAUCCCAACCCAUUGUGUCAAACUGGAGCACCCAGAGAAAACCCUCAACUUUUGACUCUUCACACAAGUCCAUAGCGAGAAUCGAACCCACAAUCUCACAUUAUCAUUGUUCUCGCAGAUCAGCAAUGUCUUGGACGAUAUUGUGGAAAAUUGAAUGGAACUGACUGUGGAGUAAGUAUUAUGUAAGGGUGGGUUGACUACAACAUUUUUGUAGUUUGCUAUAACUACAGCUACUUCAAAAAUAAUGUAGUCAGCUACAACUACUGCUACUUUUGAACAAAGAUAGUUCGCUACUGACUACAGCAACUGCUUAAAUUUUUUUAGUUUUACGGUAUUUGGAGCAUCUACUAAGUAAACUCAGGCUGAAAUGUAACCUAUAACAAAUCGACUUACGAGUAACAACAGUAAACACAAAGCAACAUUUUUCUAAGCACCACAUCACUGUUCAAGAGUGCAAAUUGACUAUUGAGUAUUGAUUUUAAGCAAACUGUGUCUCAAUAUCAUGCUAUUCUAUCAAGUUGCUACCAAUUUUAAAAAGUAGCGAAUAGCGAUUUGCUGUUUGAAAAGUAGUCAACUACUUGGCUACUUUUAGGCAAAAUGUAGUUCGCUAUAACUACAACUACUGUUUUAAAAAAGUAGUCAAAAACUACUGGCUACUUGAAAAUUGUAGUUCGCUACAGUAGCGAACUACAACUACUUCACUACUACCCACCCUUGCUAUUAUGUACAUUAUUGCCAUUGAGUGACGGCACUCUCCCCUUGACAACUAAAAUUGUCUGGCAUUGGACAGAGUAAAUGUAAUGCAGUCUUAAGUUGUACUGCAUUCCAAAGAGCCCUACUUUAUUAUAUUAUUUGAUCUGUCUAAUGCCAGAUGAUUUUACUUAUUGUGGGGAAAGUUCUGGCCUGCUCAAUGGGUUGAAUUUAAAUUGAGGAAGUGGAAAAAAUGGAAGAACAGUGUAAUAGAAGAAUGACAUAAGGUGCAUUGUGGUUAUUGGGCUAACCCUUUAAGUGGCAAAGCACCCUCGAUGGGAGACCACUGCCACUCAUUGGGUUAAUCUAUCUUUGUUGUAUAGCGUUGUCCUCGAGGAUAUCGAACAGACGGACAUUAUUGUCGAGAAUGUUUGAAUGAACCUAAGCUUUAUGAUUGGUUAUAUCUGGGAUUCAUGGCUCUCAUUACAACACUUAUGCAUUGUACCUUUAUCUAUCAAUACAGUCGACAACAGCAACAGUAAGUAUGUCAUUUGGUCUGUCAGUCCGUAACAGACGUUACGAUUUGUUGCACUUUUGUCCCAAUGUCUUCAUUUCCAAGUCCUAAGUAGUCAACAGACAAUGUCUGGCCAGAAUGCGGAGUUAUCCGGUCAAAUUCUUACCUUGCCGGUCAUUUUGACCAGUCACUUUUGGUAGAAGAACAAACUAAUCUUCAUUUGAAUUAAUAAUCAAAAUACAUAAUAAAAGCAAUCUUCAUUUGAAUUAAUAAUCAAAAUACAUAAUAAAAGCAAUCUUCAUUUGAAUUACCUGUAAUAAUCAAAAUACUCGCUUGCAAGCUUGGUCGACUGACAUUAUGACAUCAUUACAAUAUUGGUGUCAGAUAGAUUGUUCCAUGAUUGGUAUUAAAAUUUCCAAAUGUGGCGACAAUUGGUCAAUCACUAAACCAGGCUGCCAUCUAUUCAGGUCAGGUCAUGCAGCCAUGUGUCUGCCACUAUUGUACGUUUUUGCGAUGACUGUAAGAUUAAAGUUUGUUUGCAUUUAGCACUGUGAUUAUGCAAAUCUCAGCUACGCUGGAAUCUGUACUUGCUGGAAUAUUUACACUUCUUGUCACCGAGCCAAAAGGUAAUAUAUACUACUCAUUCUCAUUUUACAUAUAUGGGAAAUUGCUA